GAGCUACAUUGCGCAGAUUCCACCUGCAUGAUGACAGCGACCAGCAGCCGCAGAGUGGGAGAGGAGAGGAGAGGAGACCCCAGACUGACAAGUCAGCUGCUGUGACAUCAUACAGCUUCCGCAGGUGGAGGAGGAGGAGGCCAUGGAGGCAGACGGCACAAAGGACAUCGAGUCUCUCAUGGAGGACAUGGACUACAUCCCCGGCCACUUCCACCUGGACCUCAACCUCAACUGUGAUCCCGUUGGGCCUGUGAAGCUGAGACUCAGGGACACUUACCUAAAGCAGGAGAGCCUGCGAGGCGAGCUGGAGGCCGAAGCUGGGUAUCUACAGUAUGCUGUCCGAAAUCUGCUGGGUCUGCUGGCUUUUCACCUGGAACAUUUGGACACAGCUGAGGAAAUUUUCAGAAGCAUUUGUAAGGAAGACCCUGGUAACCUCAACGCCUGGGCCAACCUGGGCUACGUGUACGACAAGCUGAGCAGAGAGUUUGAUGCAGGGGAGUGUGUGGAGAAAGUGUCCCAUCUCAUGGGGUUGGACGGUGGAGAGGAUUCUCAGGAAGAGGCCAGGAUCCUGGCGGCUCGCUGCCUGGCUGAGCAGGCUUAUGUUUAUCCCUACGAUGUGGAGCUGGACAGUGAGGAAGACCUGAGAGACAGACUGACAGCAGCGUUGACACUUUACAACAGAGCCCUGGACUACGGGGGUCAGCUGAUACCAACAGAGGAAAAACGAAGCUGGUAUUUUAAAAUGGCAACCAUCUAUAUAAGACUGGACGACAUUGUGAAGACCAAAGAUGACUCUGAAUACUCCAGACUCUCUCACUACAAUAAGGGACUGAGGCUUCUCAAUGAAACACUAGAAUCAGAAAAAAACCAACACAAAGCUCUGGCCUGGUGUUAUGUCGGCAUCAUGUUAGAGAGGAAGGAAGAGUUCUCCACUGUGCCUAUGUCUAUACAUGACUGUGGCUACUCAGCCUCCGAUCCCCUAUCCUGCUUUGGAACUGCUAUAAACUUGGCUAGUGGUGAUGCAUUCACCCUAAACCUUUUGGCAAAGGUCUUCUUUCUACUGGGCAAACAUGAGAUGGCCACAGGAAUCUGCAACAUGGCCCUGAACGUGCUCCCAGACCCAGAGCUCAACUGGCAGGCUUACUGCACCCGUGCCAAGAUCAAUAUGAUGCUCUACGUCAGGGACCUGGAGAAGGCAAAACAUGGUGAAGGUGGAAUCCCAGACCGACAGAGGCUAACUGAGGCCAGAAAAGACUUGGACAAGGUUCUUAGUGUACGUCCAUGUCUGCGGACACACCUGGAGAUGGCACAGGUGUACUACUACAUGGGUGUAGAUGCACUCCAGGAGAGUCUUUUGGUGGAUGAGGUGUCAGUGAACAGUGCGUUGGUGAGUCUGUCCCACGCCCUACAGUUUCAUCUGGGUGACAGCUUGCCUGACCUCCACGUGCUCCGAGGACGCUGCCUCCUGCUGAAGGGCGAGGAGCAGAACGCUGCAGACUGCUUCAAACGUGCGAUGGAGUUGGAGAAACCAGGGAGCACAGACACCACAGCCCUGCGCUGCCUCCUACAGGCACUCUUGACUCUGUUCAUGCAGGGAGGCCCUGACCCAAGCCUUGCCAUCACCCAGCUGGAGUUAUGUGUGCAAAAGGCAGAGGAGAGGUACCCCCAGGACUUUGUUAAGUCUGAGCUGAGGUGUCUGUACAGGACUCACACAGCAGAGGUCACAGAAUUAUCCAGGGCUCUGAUCAGAACAGGCAGACUGGACCUAGUGAGGAGGCUACUGGAGACAAUAGUGCCUAAACAACUGUAUAAGAAGACACCAAAGCCUCGGUCUUUCCUCUUUGCAUGAAGCCAGUAUGUGACUUUAAUAGACAUACAGGCACAUGACCUAACCAGACCAGACAUGCAGUAAUUAAUGAACUUCUUGACAGCAUUUCACAGAUGAAAAUGAACAGCGGCUGCAUGUGCGCUAUAAUUAAGCUGUCUUUAAUUUAAUGGUUUAUUUCAAAGCUGUGAUUCUUCUUAUAACUUCUGGAAAGACUGGAUGUACAGAGUAACCUAUACUUACAGUGUUACAGCACAGAGGGAUAUUCAUUUUAAGCUUGUUCACAGUGGAAAAUUACUGAAUUGAAGAGUGAGUGGUUGGAUGUCUAUAUAAUGAAAUGGCUAUGGUCAGGAUUGGCCCUCAUUGGCCCUUCUGCAGUGGCUGUAUAAAUGAAAUGAGUGGUUUUCAACAUAAAUAGUCUUAUUUCUUGUAAGUAAUAUUUAAAUAAUGUUACACUACCUCUCCUUGUGUUUGAAUUUUAAUGCUCUACCGCUGAUGACCAACAGAUGGAGCUACAGACUAACAAGAUGUAGCCUGGUUGGUGAGAGGUUCUGUUUAUAGCUAGAAAUAAAGACCUUUUUUUUUUUUGAUUA